CCGGUUGCGCCCCGCGCCGAUUCGCGGCGCGCCCUCAUUCACUUGCACGCCACUCACGCGCCGCGCUCGCCUCGGCUUCGUGAGCAAAGCAGUCGCGUUAAAUAAUAAAAUAUUAAUAAAAUAGAUUUGUAAUUCGUCAUUCGCUGUGAAAUGUCGUCGUCGUCCAAGACGGGCGGGGGGGUGGUGGCGCCGCCGCGGCUGCAGUCGCUGGUGGAGCUGGACCCGCUGCUGCAGCCCUACGAAGCCGACUUCAAGCGAAGGUAUGGGCGCAUGCAGGAGCUCCUGGGGGAGAUGGAUCAGCACGAGGGCGGUUUGGACGCGUUCACGCGCGGCUACGCCACGAUGGGCAUCACGAAGGGCCCUGACGGGACGCUGUGCUGCCGGGAGUGGGCCCCUGGGGCCCAGGCCCUGCACCUCACGGGGGACUUCAACGGAUGGGACCACUUCUCGCACGCCUUCUCGCGCCUCGAGUUCGGCAAGUGGGAGCUCCUUCUGCCCCGCAGGCCUGACGGCUCCCCCGCCAUCUCGCACGGCUCCAAGCUCAAGGUGGUGGUGGUGACGACCGAUGGCCGCACGCUGUUCCGCAUCUCUCCGUGGGCACACUACGUCACCAAGGAGGGUGCAGCCGUCACCUACGAGUGGGUGCACUGGGACCCGCCGAACCCCUACCAGCGCGUGCACCCUGUGCCCCCGUGCCCACGCAGUCUGCGCAUCUACGAGGCCCACGUGGGCAUCUCCUCGCACGAGGGCCGCGUCGCCACCUACGAGCACUUCACGCGCCACAUGCUGCCCCGCAUCAAGAGGCUCGGGUACAACUGCAUCCAGCUGAUGGCGGUCAUGGAGCACGCGUACUACGCCAGCUUCGGAUACCAAGUCACCAGCUUUUUCGCUGCCUCCAGUCGCUACGGCACCCCGGACGAGCUGAAGGCGCUGCUGGACACGGCCCACGCGCUGGGGCUGCGCGUGCUGCUGGACGUGGUGCACAGCCACGCGUCGCGCAACACCGAGGACGGCCUCAACGAGUACGACGGCACCGACGGCGCCUUCUUCCACGCGGGGCCACGCGGGGCCCACCCGCUGUGGGACAGCCGCCUCUUCAACUACCGCAGCUGGGAGGUUCUGCGUUUUCUGCUCUCAAAUCUGCGCUGGUGGAUGGAGGAGUACGGAUUCGAUGGCUUCCGCUUUGACGGCAUCACGUCGAUGAUUUACCACCACCACGGUGUAGGAGAGGGGUUCUCUGGGAACUACGAGGAGUACUUUGGGCUGCAGGUGGACGAGGACUCCCUCGUCUACCUCAUGCUGGCCAAUCACAUGCUGCACUCCUUCUACCCACAAUGCACCACGGUCGCAGAGGAGGUGUCGGGGAUGCCGGCGCUGUGCCGCCCGGUGGAGGAGGGGGGCGCCGGCUUCGACUACCGCCUGGCGAUGGCCAUCCCCGACAAGUGGAUCCAGAUAAUCAAGGAGCGCAAGGAUGAGGACUGGAACAUCGGGGACAUCGUCCACACGCUCAUCAACCGGCGUCACGGGGAGAAGUGCAUCGCCUACGCAGAGAGCCACGACCAGGCGCUGGUGGGGGACAAGACGCUGGCGUUCUGGUUGAUGGACAAGGCGAUGUACUUCGACAUGUCCGUCGAGUGUCCGCCCAGCGUCAUCGUGGACCGGGGCAUCCAGCUGCACAAGCUGAUCCGCCUGCUGACGCACGCGCUGGGCGGCGAGGCCUACCUCAACUUCAUCGGCAACGAGUUCGGGCACCCCGAGUGGCUGGACUUUCCCCGGGUGGGGAACGGCGAGAGUUUCCACUACGCGCGGCGGCAGUUCCACCUGGCGGACGACCCGACGCUGCGCUACCAGCACCUGCAGGCGUUCGACGCCAGCAUGAACCACGCGGAGGAGAAGUUCGGCUGGCUCGCGGCGCAGCAGGCGUUUGUGAGCUGCAAGCACCAGGGCGACAUGGUGGUGUCGUUUGAGAGGGCCAACCUGCAGUUCGUGUUCAACCUGCACCCCGCCAACAGCUACACCGACUACCGCAUCGGCGUGCGCACGGCCGGGAGGUACCACAUCGUGCUGGACACGGACCUGCGGGAGCACGGCGGGCACCAGCGGCUGCAGCACGACGUCGAGUUCUUCUCCAGCCCCGUGCCCAUUGGGGGCCUCCAGCACUCCAUCCUGCUGUACAUCCCCUCGCGCGUCGCGGUGGUCCUGGCCAACAGGGAGCUGGACAACUAAGACCAUUCACGACUCUGCAUCGUGAACCAAUCGCGUCGGCGUGACCACCGAUCACAGUCAACUCGUUCCUGCAACCUAUCGCCAGCCACGCGCGCCUGAUCGGGGUGCCGCCCUCUCUACCUCUCACUCACUCACGCUGUGUCACGCUGUGUCACGCUGUGUCACACUUGCACACUGCCACGUGCUUGUCACGCUCUGUCACGUGCUGUCACACACUGUCACGCGCGACGGCUCGGCAUCUCACCUCCUCCACUCUGUGCCUAUUCCUCUAUGCUCACUCACCCACUCGCUCACCCACUCGCUCACCCACUCGCUCACCCACUCGCUCACCCACUCGCUCACCCACUCGCUCACCCACUCGCUCACCCAUUCACCUGCUUGCUCACCCAUUCACUUAUCCCCUACCCACUUCUCUACUCACCCACUCACCCACUCACCUACUCAUCCCCCCCCCCCCAUCCUCUACUCUGGCCCUCGCUCUCCGCCUGCGCUCCCCCUCUCUGUGGGUACCGUCUGUGCCCCAGGGGACGUCGUCCGGCCAUUCUCUCCCAACUCGUCGCGGCACUUUAUGUUUGACAGCAGCCGAUGAGCGGCCGUGGUGCGGCGUGACCCCAAACAGUUCCAAACUCUAACUCGGAGCGGCGCCCUGACCCCGCGUCUCCAAAGUCCGCUUAAAAGUAAAAAACGAAAUGGGAUGCCUUUAUUCUAGUUUGUUUUUUUAAUUAACCGCGUUUUUUGCCGAGAAAGUUCGAGGUCUGUCGAAGUUUUGAUAACCGCCGGUCGCCGCUCCUGCCGGGGGGGACGCGCGACCCGGCGACGUCUCGCAAUCGCCGCGCCACCGAGUCGCGUGGCCCCCGCUCGUCGUCGAAGCGUUCUGACGGGUGCGCUCGGCACGAAGCUCACGUCGAAGCGUUCUGACGGGUCAACGUUGGGUUGGCGCUCGGCACGAAGCUCGAAGCGUCGGAGCGUUGAGCCGCAAGUUGCCCUCCGUUCCGACUCCUGAGUGGAGAUGCACGGUUAUAGUGAAGAGUGGAAAUACCUCUAAACAAACGAAAGAAUUGUGAUUUUGUUUCUUGUUGGCUCUAUGAUUAUCUAUCUUGCAAAUGGAAGUAAUUGGUACAGAAUCUGUUCAGUUUAGGAUAACGCUUAAAACAACACGCUUAGAGAUGCUUGCGCACACUCGCAGGCACACACAAAAACGCUCGCAUUCGCAGACGCUCACAUUCAUGGACACACACACGGACACACACACGGACACACACACGGAAACCCACACGGACACACACACGGACACACACACGGACACACACACGGACACACACACACACGGACACACACACGGACACCUCUCCUCUGCCGCCGGUUCCCGCGGAGUCAGAAUGAUCGUGGCCGGAGCGAUGUCCGUCUGGCUCGGCGCUCGUUCCGCGCGAUUCGUGGCGAGCGAUUCGCGGUCCACUUUGUGGUCGUGCCGCUGCGGAACGAUCGCCGAGAGCCCCCCGCCGCCACCACCCUGCGCGGCCACCGACUCCGCGGGCGUCUCGAGCGGCGAGUCGCCGCACCCUCCCCCCCCCCCCCCCGCGUGCCCCCCUCCAUCGCGUCUGGCGAGGGCGCAGAUUCGGUCGGCUCGUUUGGAGAGCUCACCACCCCCCCCCCCCCCCAAAAAGUAUUUUGAACAAAUGGCUGUGACCCAUCACUCGGUGCAUUGCAAGGCUGUCGUUUGUGGUAGUUGAAGUCGCACAUGUCAUGGCGAGUUCAAUGUCUUUAUAUGUUCUCGUGCAUCGGGACGGCGUGCGCAUCGAGCGCAGUACGGGCUGCGAUGUGAAGCCUUCGCACGCGUGUCACGGCAGCGCCGCGGGGAGCGGAGGCAAGGAAGUCGUGACUGGGAACGGAGAAGGGAAGAGGGAAGAGAAAGAGUGGGAGAUGGGGGGGGGACAAGGAUGGAGAAGGAACGGAGAAACGGGAGCACGGGGGUCAGGGAGACGAGGAGGGAGAGUCUGUAGCAGCAGCAGCAGCAGGGAGAGGCCGUGGCAGCAGCAGCAGGGAGAGGCUGUGGCAGCAGCAGCAGGGAGAGGCUGUAGUAGCAGCAGCAGCAGGGAGAGGCUGUGGCAGCAGCAGCAGGGAGAGGCUGUAGUAGCAGCAGCAGCAGGGAGAGGCUGUAGCAGCAGCAGCAGGGAGAGGCUGUAGUAGCAGCAGCAGCAGCAGGGAGAGGCCGUGGCAGCAGCAGCAGGGAGAGGCUGUGGCAGCAGCAGCAGGGAGAGGCUGUAGCAGCAGCAGCAGGGAGAGGCUGUGUGGCAGCAGCAGCAGGGAGAG